AUGAGUAACAAUUUAGAAAAUGAUAGAUCGGUCACAACUGGAAAAAUGUAUCCCAUCGACUUGGCUCCUCAGAAAAUAACUAUUGUUAAGGGAAUAUCUAACAAUGAAGUAAAAAUGGCUCAUUUAAUACCAGGGCCACCGAAAACCACCAGUAAUAGUCAAAUAAUAACUCAUGGCGGGACGGGAUCUAUGGGCUUGAUGCGUACAGCAGCACAAAUUAUUUCUCCUGGCGUCGCUUCUCAGCCUCAAAUGAUUAUAAGUGGCUCACCAAUUUUACAAGGGACACAGAUAGUAAGCCAGGGGUCUCAGCUGUUGGGGCAAAAUUCACAAAUAAUAUCACAAUCUCAACUAAUUUCCAGUGGCCAGAUUCUUAGUCCUGGCACGCAGAUAAUAAGCCAAGGCACUCAAUUAUCAGCUCAAGUCACUAAUGCUAACAAUACGCUAUCCAGUAGUGUGCAGUCUAAUACUAGUAAUACUGGAAAUAGUGCACAAUUAUUAAAUGUAGGUGGUUUAGUUAGUGGUUCGGGUAACUUAGUAGUCAGUUCUUCUGUGCGUACUUUACCACCAAGUGUUAGAGUACUACCACCUAUGCCACAACAAAACCCUCGACCAGUAUUACCAAACAUGAAUGUAAGUAAUUCUGGAGGUGUGUUGGUAAGUAAAGGGGUCACAAGCCAUGUGCCUCGUGGGCUGGCAGCAGGAGCUUCACUUGCUGUUCGGCCUGUAGCCAAUCCCCAGCCAGUUUCUAAUCAAGGUGCCUGGUCAAACAGUACGCGAGGAGGACGGGGCCGUGCGCUGGUGUACGGCUGCCGCGCGCGGUCGCCGGCGCCCCGCGCGCCCCCCGCGCAGCCCCCGCAGCCCGCCACGCCGCCCGCACCUCCAGUGCAGCCCACACACUCCACACUUGUUACUAUGGCAUCUAGCACUGUGCUCACUUCCAGUGGUGUAAUAUCGAGCACGGUUCGAGGUGCUGCGCCGCGUGCGACCACGCCCACGCCGGCGCCCGCCUCGCGCCCUCUGCCGCUCCUACAGAGGAACUACCAGCCCACUAAGGUGGUAGGCGUGGCGAGCGUGCGCGGCGUGGGCAACAGCGCGCCGCCGCAGCUGUACUACGAGGUGCCGCGGCCGGCGCCGCACCAGCCGCUGCACUCCCAGCAGAUACAGCAACAGCUCCGUCCCAUCACUAUAAGCGUCGUGACCACCGCGCAGGCCGCGGAGCCGCGCCAGCAGCCCGCCUCCGUCCAGUCCUCUAUCCUGCCCCGACCUUCCAUAUUACGGAAACGGGAUGUUGAAGGAUCUCCAACCAAAGCACUACACACACUGAACACGGUAACAACGAUAGUCGAGAACAUCAACGCUCUAAGCUACAACUCAAACUCAGUAGGACAAGUGUACCGCACUAGCGGGGGUGGUGGGGGAAUAGGGGGUGCGGGGGUGGUGGGGGGUGCAGGCGCGGGGUGGGAGGACGUGCCUCGAGCCCCGGGCUCCGGCACCGGCUCUACGACCAUAUCCGCCCCAUCCUCCCCUCCGCCAGAUGUGGAGCCCGACCCCCCCACUCCUGAACAGGAUCUGUCCCCUAGAAAGAAGCCAAGAAAGCAAACGUUAAUUAAUGAAAUAAGGCAGUACGAGUUCCCCACAGUGCACGCGCCGCCCUCGCCGCCCCCUCCGGUUACCGUCACUCCACUACCCAAACGCCCGUCCCUCAGCUCGAGCUACGUGUGCGCGUGGCGCAGCACGGAGCGGCACUUCGCGCGGCCGGCGGACGUGCGCCGCAAGGAGGCGCGCGCGCGCGACAUCGUCGCCAUCGCCAGCCAGAAGCACGUGCUCACCAGCGCCGAGGGCUGGAAGGUGCACCAUCUCACCGCGCAGAUGGAUGAUCUAGUCUCUCUGGAAGCAGAUGUGGGUGAGCAGCUAGUUGGUGUACUGCGUGCGUUAGAAGCUGCGUCCACGCGAGCACAAUUUCCUAUACAGACGUUACAGCACACAUUACUUGAACUCAUUAAGGGUAACAUACAGCGGAGUAAAAUAGUAUGUGAAGGAAUACAAGAGGCUCGUGAAGAUAUUCUCCGUGUGUUUAAACACAGAAAUUUUGUUUCCGAUAUUCUCACACGUCAGGCUGACAAACGGUGUUUUAGGAAACAUCGGUCGCAGUCA